GAGAAGUCCGCUAAAGUUUACAUUGGUCGACAUCAGCAAUGAUGUCGAAGCUUAUUGCUUGUGUGUUUGUAUUGCUGCUUCCAAUCGACAAUGCUAUUUGCAAACGAAUGUGGGAAUACACCUUAAUAUCCGUUAAUACCACCUCAGCAGAUCCUAGUAAAUUCAAAAUGGAUGCGGAGAUUGUGCGCAUUAGUCGCACUGAAUUUGGCUUGUCCGUUAAUGUUGUUUUAAACUUUGUUAUAGAUGAAACUACAUUUGCUGUUGUUUAUCGCAGUAAUACAGGCAACGAAGAGGAUUAUGUUUUAAUGCCCUGGUCCGUAGCUAAACAGACAUAUGAAGAAUUCACAAAAGCUUAUUACAAAAAUUUUGUCUAUAAAAAUUUGGCACACUGCUCGAAUUUGCCAACACCAGACAAGGCGUAUCCCUUACCCUUGGGUACUGUCAUGAAAUUUGAGCGCUGUAUCAUACCGGGAGAGAGCUUGCCCGACUACGUACCCGACGGUUAUUAUAAGACUGUAUUUACUGCUACGGGUGAGGUGGAGUUGUCUGCCGUACUUACUUUAAAAGUAUCAAAAAUAACCGAUCUAUUUGGCUAAAGC